AGUGAGGUGGAGCGCCGAAAGCUUAUCUGGGUCAGCUACGCACUAUGAGAGGCUGCUGUGUGUACCUUUUCUGCACGUUGGUGUGCAUCACCAAAAGCUUUUAUGUCGACGCCGAGAGCCGGAAGGAGGAAUAUAAAACUAGACAUUUAAGAUAUUUCAUGACGGCGGAUGGCAACGAGAAGCAAUUGAUAAAUGAUUUACACGAAGUUUUAGAUAGACUUCAGAAAAAUCAACUUUCAGGUCUGAGAAAAAAACACAACUACCUGCCUAUGUGUGAUCCAGGAGAGCAGUGCGCACUGAGGAAAGGCUCCAGGAUUGGGAAAUUGUGUGAUUGCACCCUGCCAAGAACAUGCAACUCUUUCUUACAUCGGUGUUUAUGAUCAGAAAUCAAACCUCGAAAAAAUAUCUUAUCCUCAAAGAUAAAUUUGUGCUCUUUUUGAUAUUGUACAUAUAAAUCUGUCAACUUUUUGUUGUUGUUGUUGUAGUGUGUAGUGUGUGUUUUAUAAU